AAAGUCACUUAGAUAUUGGCUACAGCAUCUUUGUUUACGGGAGUCAUCGUCAUCAUCAGACAGGCAUGGCUGCUCCCAACCCUUCAACCCUCUUGCCGCUCGAGCUGGUGGACAAGUGCAUUGGCUCCCGCAUCCACAUCAUCAUGAAGAGCGACAAGGAGAUCGUCGGGACACUGCUUGGCUUCGAUGACUUCGUGAACAUGGUGCUGGAGGAUGUGACGGAGUACGAGUCCACCCCCGAGGGACGGAGGAUCACCCAGCUCGACCAGAUCCUGCUCAAUGGCAAUCACAUAACUAUGCUUGUUCCUGGUGGUGAAGUACUGGACUAGCCAUAGGAGCUCCUUGUAGUCUUAAGUCAUUUCCGCGUCUAGUAUUUAAAAGUCCAAUACGCCUCUUGAUAUCAAUUCCCUGUGAGAAAUAUUGAUAUGUGUUUGUUAAUAAAAUGACGGUACAAAGGCCA